AUUUCCCUCUAAACUCAAGCAUUUGGUUGGAUUCCUAAAAGCACGGAGCUUGGAUUCUCUCACUGUUUUUUGGACGUGGCAUGCUGUACACUAUCUGUGCUUGUGAUCCAGUGAUCUAGCACUGGGUAUCAUGGCCCACUCCAAGUCAAAUGGAUCGUACUAUGCCCUGACUGCUAUUGGGUUAGGAAUGCUUGUCCUUGGGAUCAUCAUGGCAGUCUGGAACCUGGUCCCAGGAUUUGGCCAUACUGACAAGCCUUCCUCGUCUGCUGGAAAUAGUAGCUUUCCAGAGCAUGAUGGCGGAGGAAUAUUGAAGAGUAAGACCUUUUCAGUGGCUUAUGUAUUGGUUGGGGCAGGAGUGCUGCUGCUGUUGCUGUCCAUUUGUUUGAAUGUCCGGGACAGAACGAAGAAAAGACAAAAUGAGGAUAUUGCUAGAAUUCAGCAAGGAACGUCGGCUGAACCUCAUCAUCAAGAGAACAGUCAAGAAGAGGAUGAUGAGAUACCCUCCCGAUACUAUGUUCCCAGUUAUGAAGAGGUUAUGAAUGCAGGCUAUCCUGAGACAAGAGAGUUGGACAGAAGCACCAGGAUCAGCAUAUCUCUGCCCUCUUACGAAUCUCUCACCGGGAUUGAUGAAACAACACCAACUACAACCACUGCAACUGUCGAUUCGAACAUAGAGCGGCAGCCAAGCAGGCACAGCUCUCGCUUGAAAAAACAACUGAAACCCCUGAAAGUUCGGAGAAUUAAGUCUGAUAAACUGCAUCUAAAGGACUUCCGAAUAAACCUGCCAGACAGAAACAGUUCAGGUCAAAUAACAAUAGAACCGUUGACCCCUCCUCCACAGUAUGAUGAGAUCCCAGAUAAAGCGCCAGAGAGCAAGCAAGUGACCUAAAAUCUGUGUAUUAUCUAGGGGGAAACACUACUGAAUACUUGAUCUAUGGGUACAAAUGUCGUCAAAUUCCACAAGCUUUAAAAGAUCAAGGAAAUGCAGGACUAUAUACCUCUUUUUCAGAAUGACCAUUCCAAGACGUGGCUUUUCAUGAAGUACCACUAAAAGUUAAACACUAGUGCAGUUGAUACGCUGAAAUAAAUGAAGUUUAGAAGUAUCAAAUCUAUACUUUAAAAAAUUAAGUAGUGCAUUGCAUGCAUUUCUUGUAGUCCUUUUUUCUACACUAGAUUUUUCUAAGCCACUACAAGGGAUUUUUAACCAAUAAUUUUACACAUAGAAAAGGAAAGGUAUUUUUUUUAAGUUUCUCUCCUCUUCCACUUAAGAAAAACGAAACAACAUUGUGGCUUUCUCCCCCUCCAUUAAAGUGGAGUUCAGAUAACGGUUGAAAGAAAGUCUGCAUUUUAUAAGGUUUCAUAGUCAUGCUGUGAAAUAAUGUAUUGAAUGAAAUGACAAUUUUGAACCAUCAGAUUUGUUUAAUUCUUUCAGCAGUAGCUCAUGUUGCCUAUGAGAAGCUUUUUAAGCACUGGCAACUAAAGAGGAGAAGGUGUUUUUGGUGUUCCAGUGUGAGGGGACAGUGUGUUUAAAACUACUCUGUAAAUUCAUUUGUUUGAUAGCUACUCCACUAUGCCACAACAAACAUGUUAAAUGUAUUAUGUGUUUAGCUUGUAUGUGCUGAGCAAUUGGAGACUUUUUCUAAAUAAAUGUGUUAUGUGUAUAUUGUAAA